AUGGCCGACCCGGCCAAGACAUCCGAACUGGACGAGGUGGGCAAGACGUUGAAACCGAUCGAGCUGAGAGAGAUGGCCGACCCGGCCAAGACACCCGACCUGAUCAAGAUGCUCGAGGCGGCCAACCCGAUCGAGUUGCAGGGAGAUGGCCGACCUGACCAAGACAAUCGACCUGAUCGAGUGCACGACCAGAAGGCCCCUCGAUGA